AACUUGGAAAUACUAUCGUGGCCGUUCUGCAAAUGCUUCCGAGGCUCAUGACGAAGUUCCUAUGGAAUUGGCGGUCCUCGGAGAAGACCGUCUAUUUGUAAGCUGGGAAUAUCAUAUUGUCCACUGUACCUAUAUGUACAUGGCCAUGCAUCGUGCUUAUACAGUACGUGGAUAUAUUGACUCGCACCUUGAUGACUGGAAUCAUACCAGACACUGUCAGAAGAUUCUUUUGGAGAGGAACAUGGAAGAUGUGGAUAUUUCUACAGUUGGUUUUUUACGAUUUCCCGAAUGUAGGGCUGUCUGGGAUGUCGGAUUCGCUGGGAGCCCACAAAACGAGAAGAUGCCAUGGACUCGUUACGAUUAAUGGGGUUCGAUAAUUAAGCAAGACGCUAUAGGAAGCCACGGUAUUGCUCAACUGGAGACGUGCGACCGUGAGGCCAUAGUUUCAUAAUAAUACCAAGACG